AAUGUGUUUGUUAUUUGUACGUGCUCUGAUAACUCGUUCUCUCCAGUGUGUAGACUUGUUCGAGUGAAGUUCAUUGUUCUUUCAGCACACAGUACAAUGGGUCGCCCAAAGAAGACAGCAGCAGCCUCAUCACCCAAGAAAGUCAAGUCACCGAAGAUGAAAGCCGAAAGGAAGAAGAAGGACCCGAAUGCACCGAAACGCGCUCAAUCCGCCUACAUGCUUUGGUUGAACGAGAAUCGCGCCAAGCUGUCGAAGCCAGGCAUGAGCGUCGUCGAUGUGUCCAGGGCCGCCGGUGUCGAAUGGGCCACGGUGAAGGACAAGUCUAAGUGGGAGAAGAUGGCAGCCGAGGAGAAGAAACGGUACGAGAAAGAGAUGGCAGCAUACAAAGCUGGUGGAUCAUCAGGUUCAUCACCAAAGAAGGCCGGCAAAGCUAAGGCGAAGUAA